AUGACAGAAACCAGGCGCCAAAAGGCCAAACGGGAAGAAGCUGCUGCCACUCAGGGACAGGGGCAGAGCAAUUCCCCUUCUACUAAUUCUAUCGUUUCAACUACAGCUACUUCAGGAAAUGACCCAAUCCGAAUCCAAGUCCUAGACCCAACACAAAUCCCGAUCCCAGUUGAUGAAACAAAUCCAGCGGGUCUGAAGAUUCCAACACCUCCACAAACUAAUGUCCACACCCCUCGCACACAGACACCAGGCCUAACGGGGCAUUCUAACGAAUGCGAAGAUACCGCUCCCACUGCAAGCUCUACCACUCAACAGUGUAGGGAUAAAGGGAAAAAUAAAUCCGAAGUAUCCCAUGCCGCGCCUGUGACUCGUCCUCCGCGUGGUAGACCCUCUACCUCACGUUCGAACCUCUCGCCGCAAAUAGAACCACAAGAGGGUACCAUUACUCUUUAUGUUGGAAACGCGAGCUCUUCCAAAAGCUAUUCAAAAAAGAGAAAAAUAACUCUUCAAGAAGAUCAUAUUUCUACUACUGCAGGAAGAGAUGCCGAAGGCAACAAUCGCAGCUAUAACAGCAAUAAUGACGAACAGUCGCAACAGACGCAGCACCAACCCAGGCCUCAACACCUACAGAAUGGUGGCUCUAGCUCCGCAAAGAAGCCUCGUUCAGACCCCUCUACCCUUGCCCCUACGGCUAGGACACAUGGAUACCGUGAUAUUGCGCCUUUCCCGUCGAAUGUAGUGGACCCUAGAACCUCUGGGGAUUAUAAGCUUCCGCAGAGAGACCGUGAUCAUUUAAAGGGUUUAGGGCCCAGUUCUAGUUCUAGUUCUAGUUCUAACUCUGAGGACGAAAAUAUUGCGUCAAGGCCAUUAAAAGGAAUAGAUGCGGCUGAAGCCCUCAUUGAGUACCAUAAUGAAGAGCGUAUCUUUGAGGAUCGCAAGAGCUAUGGCACAGCGUUUGGCGGAGAGCCAACUCUUCAGCAAAAUUAUGAUCACGGCCAAGAACCCAGAAAUAGUUCGGCCACAGAGGAUCCAAGUUUUCAUGAACUUGAGAGCCACUGCGGCUCAUCUGUAGUUACCUAUUCUAAUCCUAGUGUCGUUAGUUCUCAACUUGCAAGGAGCUCUUUGCGUUUUCCAUAUCCUGGAAAUUGCUUUUGGGACCGGGGCGAAGAGAUAUUUAGAGCUCAUAUCCCUCAUGAAGCUUUUCACGAGAAUAUUAAUCAUCUAGCUCAUGUCUAUGAUUGGGGUUUCCAAAGAGGGGUUGCCACGCGUGGAUUCCCUAGCGUCAUAUAUACGGAGUUUAUACCCGAUCCUAACAUAUUAACUGUUGAUCAUGGACAAAAUCAACGCCGUUAUCCAAGGACCGGUCACCUUCGACUGGAUGAAAGAAUUGUGGAUUUAGUGGUGGCUAUGCAUCAGGCCUUAUAUGACAGAGGCUACCGUGAUGGCCAACGAAGCGUUCGACCCAAUGGACCUUCAGGGUCAAUUGCUAACCCUUCUCCUCCUCCACCGCCACCCCAUCGCCCUCAUCCUCACCCGGAUCGCCGCCAUUAUACCCCGAAUAUCUACCAACAGCCGCCCCAUCCUCAUGCUUACGGUAGGCAGUCUCCGAAGCCUAUGUAUGACAAUCGCUAUCAUUCUCAACAGAGUCACCAAAACUAUCCCCACUCAAAUGAGUAUCCUCAAGAGAUUUCUUCUCGACAGUAUCCGUCACACAGUCCAGAAGGCCCUAGGCGGUCUUAUUAUCUACCUCAACAACAACAACAAGAACUACCUUCGAUGGACCUACCUCCCUAUAACCACCGACAGCCAACACCCUAUCCAUAUUAUGUAGCUGCGCCCUCCCAUCAAUCACAGCAGCAACAGCCAAGGUCAGACGAUGGGAUGUAUACCUACCGAGGAUCAUCGUCACCUGAGCCCAUAUAUCAACGAUCGAUGCAACGAGAUCGUCCCAUCCAAAGUGCUACACUCCCUGCAGCAAAUGUUGGACCAUACCCAGGAGAAAGAGCCAGGGAUGUGAUCCAGAGCGACCCAACCAGGACUAUGCCUCCGCUCACUGUGGUUACGCAGAAUGUCCACGUGGGCGUGGAUGGUACUAACGCUUCUGGAGGCUAUCAAAGACUUGAUUACAAUACUGAUUCCCCCUGCCACCGUUACUACGGCAGACCCCAACAUCAGCAGCAAGAUCAAGGUCGAUGGCAACAGCAAAUAUUGUCACCAAUGGGCUCUGAAUACACUGCCGAAUUGGACGCGGCUACUGAAGAUGAGGAAAACGACUAUUUACCACAUGCAAGGGAAGAAACUCCAUGGCCACAAAGUGACAAUGUGCCAAUGAAUCCUCUACGUAUUGGUAAUGGCAAUGAAGAGGAGACGUUGUAUAUGAUCGAGGAGGAUAUUGAGAACCUGGAAUGGGCGUUACAGAAUGUAAAGAAGCAAGAGCAGCAGCGGCGGCGGCAGGAAGUACAAAUACAGAGGCAGAGAGAUGGAGAAGGGCCUUCAACCUCCACUAACAGCUUUCUCGGCCAUCAACCACAAGUAUCUCACCAAGUUCCUAUGGUUUCUACUACUGAUAUGCCUAGCUCUAAUAUCAAUUCAUUGCCAUCGUCAUCAUCAUCGACAUUUCAGCCUAGAGACACGUCUUCACAAGCACCCAAGUCAUUGAGCUUUAUCCAUCAAGGAGUAGGGGAAGCCAGAGGGACAGGAGCAGGAGAUGGAAGAGAUGGAGAAAGGGGAAUGGACGUAAGCACAACGUCGGUAGCAGGACAUGCACGGGAAAAGAAGAUUAGAAAUAAGUUUGUAAACUCAUUUCAAGCUUCGUACGUACACAGCAGCAACAACAGUGGCAGUAGCUCUAGACGUAGCGGCGGCGGAGGAAGUAUGACCCACAGAAUGAACAACAAUGCUGCUGCUACAACUAGUGUUGCGAGUAAUGGCGCUGUUUGCGCUACAAGUGUUGCUGAGAAGUCAUCAGACAGCCUUAGUAUUACUACGACUGCUACUGCUACUGGCACUACCAUCGCUGUUAGUACUGACGUUGUUGGAGCUAGAACGAUGAAUGAUGUUCGCUAUCGUCCCUACCCAAAGGCUAAAAAGUCCUCACCUAAGAAGACGCCCAAGCCAUCGUCUCUACGUAGCGAGGCUACUCAACAGAGCAUGAAUAAGGAUAUUGCUAUUCAGAGUCAAGGUCAGAACCAAAACCAGGACCAAGACCAGGACCAAACUCUGAAGAGAGCGAUAUUAUCGGAAGAAUCAGGUGGGGGUGAGGCAGUCAAGAAAGAACGUGAGGCCAGUGCAGAAGAAGGAGAAGAAAAGAAUGAAGCCAAAGAAGGAGGAAAAAAGAAUGAAGUCGGAGAAGAUUGUAGUACAGAGGCAGAGACAGCAGGACGAGAUUGA